CGUAUAUCCCUCGUUAUCUUACCAUAUAAUAUAUCGUUUUGUUCAUUCAUACGAAUCAAACACAUAUACACACAUCAAUAUAUAUAUACAUACGCCAAGUCAUCUUUUUUCCUGGAUUCACACAUGGAAGACAUUAACGGUGUUGAAGCUAUAGACGGAAAGAUCGCUGUUGCUUCUGCAUUUGCUGGUCAUCAGGAAGUUGUUCAGGAUAGAGACCACAAGUUUCUAACCAGAGCUGUCGAAGAAGCCUAUAAAGGCGUCGAAUGUGGUGACGGAGGCCCAUUUGGGGCAGUUGUUGUUCAUAAUGAUGAAGUUGUAGUAAGUUGCCAUAACAUGGUACUAAAGCAUACCGACCCAACAGCACACGCGGAAGUCACUGCUAUACGAGAGGCUUGUAAGAAGCUGAACCAGAUUGAGCUUUCUGAAUGUGAGAUCUACGCUUCUUGUGAGCCCUGCCCUAUGUGCUUUGGUGCCAUUCAUCUUUCAAGACUUAAGAGGCUUGUUUACGGUGCCAAAGCUGAAGCAGCAAUUGCAAUCGGGUUUGAUGACUUUAUAGCAGAUGCAUUGAGAGGUACUGGUUUCUAUCAGAAGGCUAACUUGGAAAUCAAAAAGGCAGAUGGUAAUGGAGCCUUGAUUGCCGAACAAGUUUUUGAGAAAACCAAAGCCAAGUUCUCAAUGUAUUGAUCUCAAAUGACCACAUACUUGCAUAUGAAUUUGAUUUCUAACUCUGUAAUUUCUGAAACAAUUUGUUGCCUUGGUUCAUAUUUACUUACGAAAUCAUAAAGGUAUAGAAUCCGAUGUUUCUGCA